CCAAAUGGGAAACGAGAAACAGGAACCGCGAGAAACGGAUCUUACCGCUCGUAACUUCCGGCUGCGACUCCCUCCGCAUUUAAGCGCGACAGUGGUCCACGCUCGACCCGAAGUCGUGACGCUUCGCCGCCGACUCGAGACCGAUGGCCGCGGCGGAGGCGUUGGAGGAGAAGCAGGCGGAUGCUACGCAGGCUCCCCGGGCCCGGUCGCCGCGGCGGUACACGGACCUCUGCGGGCGCCACCGGCUGCAGGCACGGGUCCAGCUCUUGAGUCGGGAGAUCGGCUUCCUUGAGGAGGAGUUACAAUCAGUUGAAGGGCUUCAACCUGUCUCUGUAUGCUGCAAAGAGGUUGAUAAAUAUGUAGGGACAACUCCAGAUCCUUUAAUCCCAACAUAUAAGAAGAGACAUAAGUCCUGCUGCUUCUCGAGGUGGCUCCGGGCAAUGGUUUGCUUCAAUGCGACAUGCUUCACCGGUGGUUGCUCGAGCUGGCAGAACAGACCUUGUUGCACUCGUAGACCCAACGGGUCCUGCUCCUCUAGUGGUGGAUACCCUAGCAGAAGCUGCUGCAGCGUUUCCUGCUCCAGAUUGCGCUGUGUCAUCCCAAGUCUCUCAUGUCCUGGAUAUUCUUGUGGAUGUGUCUGUUCUUGUUCCAACUGUACCAAGGUACGCCUUUGCCCUACAUGUUUGUGUUGUAUUAGCCACUGUGUAUGUGAAUAAUAGAUCACUUGAUGUUCUUCA